AUGGCACUCUACUCGGACGCACCCGCUGCUCGGGAAUUCCACGAGGACAAACCGACGCUGCUUGUAUCAUGGUGGAUCACGAUAUUCUGCAUUGCCAUCAUCCUGACCCGCAUGGCGGGACGAUAUGUACGAGUCGAGAAGCUACUCAAGGAGGACAACAUCGCCGCAGUGGCAUUGAUACCGCUGGUGUUGAGGGCCGUCUGCGUGCACUUUGUUCUGAAGAACGGCACGAACAACGUCGACCUGGAUGGCUUGGAUCUGAGUUCGGAGGAUAUUGAUAAGAGGAUCUUGGGCAGUCGAAUGGUCAUGGCCAGUCGAGUAUUCUACGCUUGCAUUCUCUGGAUCCUCAAGCUCACCACUCUUGAGUUCUUUGAGCGUCUCGCCGGCGCGACACGGCGCAAGUCGCAUCGUAUUAUGAUCCACGCUAUGCGCGCGAUUCUCGGCGUCACAUUUCUCGCUGUCGUUGUCAGCGACUUGGCGGAAUGCCAGCCUUUCUCUCACUACUGGCAGGUUACACCUGAUCCGGGCCCUCAAUGCCGCCAGGGCAUGGUUCAGAUGCUCACUAUGGGCUCGUGCAACGCUCUCACGGACAUAGUCCUUAUCGCAUUUCCCAUCCCCAUUAUCUUAUCCACACAGAUUGCCACUAAACGCAAGGUCCUCCUCAUCAUGCUCUUCAGCUUCGGACUUCUUACCGUGGCUAUCACGCUCUACCGAAUACCGCGCAUCAUCGAAGCUAACGGCAGCCAAGUGGUGCGCACCAUGUGGGCAUCCGUCGAGAUCCUCGCCGCCACAGCGGUCGGCAACAUCGUCGCCCUGGGAUCCUUCCUGCGCGACAGCGGCGUCAAGCGCAAGAAGUACAAGGAUUCCAACAGCUACUCCGGCUACUCCAACUCACGGUCGCAAUCGCAACCGACCAAGCUCACGCGCACGGCAGGACACAGCCAGUGGGAGGACGAGAUGGAGGCGCCGGUCAGGACGACAGAGGGCAUAUGGGCUAAGUCGCACGACACAAGCGAUUCCAUAUCCAAGGAUGAUGAUAUGCGCAAGUCAAACGAGCGCCCUGUUAGUCCGACGCAGAGCCACGAUUCGCUCAUCACGCGCGAUGAGUUGCAGGAGCCGAUGGAUAUCACGCGCGAUCAAUUUACGUAUCAACAACCGCCGACGGCUGUGAUUGCGGGUGGUGCGAGGGAAGUACAGAGGGCGCAACCGAGCCCAAGGAAUAAUUAA